ACCAGAGGAACAGUAAGUAAAGAAGAUCAAAGGAACAGUGAGUACAGAGGACAAGAGGAACAGUGGGUACAGAGGACAAGUGGAACAGUUGGUACAGAGGACCAGUUUAACAGUGGGUACAGAGAACUACUGGAACAGUGGGUAAAAAAAACCAGAGGACAAGUGGAACAGUGGUUACAGAGGAGAAGAGGAACAGUGGGUACAGUGGACCAGUAGAACAAUGACAGUGGGUACAGGGGAGCAGUGGAACAAUGGAUACAAUGGAAUAUUGGGUACAGCGGACCGGUUUAACAGUGGGUAUAGAGGACCUGUGGAACAGUGGAACAGUGGCUAUAGAAGAAUAGUGGAACAGUGGCUACAGAGGACUAGUGGAACAGUGGCUACAGAGGAUCAGAGGAACAGUUGGUACAGAGGACCAGUUGAACAGUGGGUACAGAGGACCAAUUGAACAGUGGGUACAGAGGACCAGUUGAACAGUGGGUACAGAGGACCAGUGGAACAGUGGGUACAGAGGACCAGUGGAACAGUGGGUACAGAGGACCAGUGGAACAGUGGGUACAGAGGACCAGUGGAACAGUGGGUACAGAGGACCAGUUGAACAGUGGGUACAGAGGACAAGUGGAACAGUGGUUACAGAGGAGAAGAGGAACAGUGGGUACAGUGGACCAGUGGAACAAUGACAGUGGGUACAGGGGAGCAGUGGAACAAUGGAUACAGUGGAAUAUUGGGUACAGCGGACCAGUUUAACAGUGGCUAUAGAGGACCUGUGGAACAGUGGAACAGUGGCUACAGAAGAAUAGUGGAACAGUGGCUACAUAGGACUAGUGGAACAGUGGCUACAGAGGACCAGUGGAACAGUAGAUACAGAGGAUCAGAGGAACAGUUGGUACAGAGGACUAGUGGAACAGUGGGUACAGAGGACCAGUGGAACAGUGGGUACAGAGGAUCAGAGGAACAGU